AUGGAAAAGUCGAUCAACCCUCAGGAUCAUCUGCAGCCUUUGCUGAAUGACCAUGUCUUUUCGCAAAACUCGCCCUGCGAGGCGGAUACUCGUCCCCGAUCUGGAGGUGUAUCUGUAACAUACGGCUCUCCUCGCUACUACGUCAUCCGACUCAGGGGCGAUCUCGAAUCCGGCGACUUUGGAGAUGCUGUAGACGCGUGGUUAGAGUCCGUGCCCCAUUCGUCGGCUUCACCUCAAAACUCAAACUGCUCGCACCUUCCCUUGGGAGCUGAACUCACGGGUCUUUACAUCGGUAUGCGGAGUCGACAAACCACCGUCAUCAUUCUCACAUUCCUAGCCGGCCUUAUAUUAUGGCGCACCCUCGAUUUCAGCGACGUGAUAGACGGCGGAAUCACGUCAACAAGUGCCACGACAAUUGCCGAUGACGAGUCGGAAUGGGAAAUUGAGAAGUCACUUGGCGAUAUUUCAAAUGCGACUCUUGGUUUCGAGCGAGUGUUCACCAUUGGCUUUGAGGACCGCAUGGACAAGCGCGAUGCUAUGACUAUUGGUGCAUCAUUAUCGGGCAUGAAACUGGAGUGGAUCGAGGGCGUCCGGUGGAAGGACAUAAAUGAAAAAGCUUAUCCGGCAGGAUGGAACAAAGAUCGAGACCAUCCAGCAGAGCUUGGCGCCUGGCGCGCACAUCUCAACGUACUACAAAGGAUCGUGGCCGACGGUAUUAGUACAGCACUUAUCUUCGAAGACGACAUUGACUGGGACGUAACAAUCAAAGCACAACUAAGAGAGUUUUCUCGUGGAGCGCGCGCGCUUCAAAAUACCAACUCAUCUUCACCCCAUUCUCCCUACGGUGACGAUUGGGACGUUUUGUGGCUAGGAGCCUGCGCCAUGCGCACCAGGGAUGCAAGCCAUGUGUACCAGAUCCCGGACGAUCCGACGGUACCGCCCUUUAAGCAUCGUGGGGAGAUGAUUUAUCCGCCGUUCGUCAAGCCGUUGGAGAUGCAUAAGACGCGGUGUGUGCUAGAUAGAGUGGAGGCAUUAUGCACAUUGGCGUAUGCGGUGACGUACGAAUCAGCACGUUCAAUUCUCACAAGUUUAUCUCUCCAGCCAACUAACGUGGCAUUCGAUGUCAGCAUGAAUCAUUUCUGCAUGAAUAAAGACUUGCGGUGUCUGGGGUCGUAUCCAGUGCUUUUUAACACUUGGCGAAAGGAAGGGUCCAAUGCCCACGAUUCAGAUAUUCAUGAUGAUUGGGAGGACGUCUGGCAUGAGAAAUGGUCCAGGGGAAUUACUUACAGCACUAUGCUAAAUGUGCGGAACUUGAUGGAUGGUGGAAAAACUGCGCAAGCACAAUAUUCCGAAGUUUCACCGCAAUGGAUCGAUUUCGAAAAGCUUGAAAUCCCACGUGGAAAGCUCGAAUCAUACGAGCUUACAAUCGGUGAGCUUACAGCUUGA